AUGUCGGACAAAAUACAAUUUUUAGCAGAAGUUGUUCAAACGCAUUUUAAUGUAACGGAGUUACACGAUUUGAAAGAAACGAUUGUAGCACGUUUGAAUCGAUUCGAGGAAAUUGAAGCUCAAGGAUCAAUAAUCGACAUGGUUGAAAAACAAUCUGAAGCUGCUGUAAAAAAGAGCAAACUCAUCGAUGAUAUAUUACAAUUUCUUGACGAAUAA